UAAUUCCUGUAUAAGUUGUAAAUUAUGUCGAGCCGCUUCGACGAUUCGCUGGAUUCACUCUUUCAUUACGAGCCGAGCCGCGUUGAUGUUGAGGCGAGAGGUACAACAGAAUCCUCCGAGGCAUCUGUUUCACCAACCCCUUCCAAUCGUUCAUCUGACAAGGCGUCAAAUCAUGCAAAUCCGUCAGAUGUCGGCUCUCCAGAUGAUGAGCCGUCGGUUUCGAUGAGCCGUCCCCAGGAUCCCGUUCCUGAUGAAGAUAUUGAUCGCGCCGCACUCAAAGCCGAGGAGGAGGCAUUUCCCUUUGACCUAUUCGAGGCGAAGCGUGAGUUGGAACGUGUCAUGGCGUCCCGAGGCGCUUCCACAUCUGGGCGAGGGCCACGAGUUAAGAGACAAAAGCCCGACCCGCCUGGCUCUACGCUUUGCUCCCUUGAGUCGCUCGAGGCGUUGGGGCAUCGCUUUGGGAUAUCCGAGGCGGUGGAGUUUGUCGUUCCAAAGAAAAGCGACCGUGCCGACAAGCUUCCAGAGAAUCACUUCACUCUGUACGAGGCGUUCUUCGAGAUUUGCUUUCUCUGGUUCCCGAUCCCCGGAGUGAUCCUUGAAUAUCUCUGGAAACACAGGAUCUCGAUUGGGCAAAUCAUGCCGAGGGGAUUAUGGCAUAUGAUUGGCAUCUUAGUCCGAAGCUUUGAAUGCGGGCCUGAUAUCGAGCUGAAUCGCCUGCUGAACUUGUUGGAAAUCAGAAAAGCUCCGAAAGGAAAUAGAUUCUAUAUUUCCAACAAGGCGAAGCGACGGAUCAUAGGCGGUUUUCCCAGCAAGGAUCAGUUUUGGACUGAACGCUUCUUCUACGUCUUGGUGAACGAGGCGUCGGUCGGCGAGGAUUACGUUCAGAGAACCAAGACCGCUUGGGGACCACUUGGUAGCCGACCCGAAGCUUUGCCUCGGCUCGGAACUGUUUUUAGGUAUCUUUUUCCCUUACUGAAUUUUUCCUUUCCUUUUUGCUUUGUUUUGCAGUUCGGAACAUUCUUCCCCCGAUUCCCGACGACCUCUUUGUUGUUCGAGGUUCUCUUUCGGCUCGGAAGGUCAAUUAGAGGAAGAGCUUUACCCUCGAGAGAGUAGAGAAAGCCCGAGCUAUCCUUGCCGGAGUCCCUGUCAGCUCUUCGUGUUCCAGCUCCUCAAGAGAUACACGAGAAAAAAUGGUGAUAAUCGCUCUGAGAGAUAGGAAGAGGCGUGAAGAAGAAGAGGCCGCGAGACGAGCUGCCGAGGCGGCUCAAGUGCUGACCGAGGCGGUUCAAGCGCAGACCGAGGCCAUCUCUCAACCCCACCCGCCGAGACGGGAAGGAGACGAAACGGUCCGAGCCGCAGAGGCCAACACUGCCGAGGCAGCCGAGAAAGAUGCAGCGCCCGAGGUGGAACCGGGCGAAAUUAUUCCCGAGGCGUCCGGGGGUGAUUCGGCGGUGCGGAGCAAAACCCCUUCGAACUCUGCCAUUUUCGCCCUCCCGAAGUCGACGAGGCCCCCGACUUCAGUUGUUCAGAAACAUGACCCCAGCCGAAAACGUUCGGCCGCUGACAAGGGGAAGGGCGUUGCUGUUCAGAAGGACGAGCCGUCUAGGAAGAGUCGGAAGCCGACGCUCGGAGGCUCCGCUGCGCGCAAGUUGGUCGUCGACGACCUCGACGCCUCUACCGUUAUGUUCUCGCGUGUAAAUAACGCGAACACGCGUCUUCCUCCUCCGGAGAAGCUGAGGAGGCCAAGUUUGAAGCAGCCAUUAACGACCUGAUGGCCGAGUACGAGGCGGACCUGUCUAAGGUUGAACGUCGCUUGGACGAGGCCCAAAAUGAGACCGCGGCGUCAAAGGUGAAGCUGGAAGAGGC